AUGCCUUCCGCGAUAACUACCGAGAUCGACAUCAAUGAGGUAAAGGCAGUUGUCGAUGCUGCCAUUGAAGAGCUCCAAGCGCAAUUGCGAGAAAUCUGGUCCAACCCCGAGCUCGCAUAUAAAGAGCAUCACGCCCACGACACAAUCUGCAACUUCCUCGAGUCUCAAGGCUUCCAAGUAACUCGCCAUGCCUUUGGCUUAGACACCGCUUUUGAAGCGCGUAGCAGCAGCGGUGGCGCCGAAGAAGGCCCUCUUAUUAAUUUCAAUGCCGAAUAUGAUGCUUUACCAGAUAUUGGCCACGCCUGUGGCCAUAAUCUGAUUGCCACAAGUAGUAUCGCUGCAUUUUUGGGUUUGUCAGCUGCACUGAAAAAGUUUGGUAUUCCGGGACGAACACAGCUUCUCGGAACACCGGCCGAAGAAAAUGGUGGUGGGAAAGCCCAGUUGAUUGAUAACGGGGCUUAUAAGGGUGUUGAUAUCUCGCUAAUGGCUCACGGAGGCCCAUCAUUAAUGGGUGAUGGUGUUGCAGGCACACUUUUCAACGCCCGCAAGCAGAUCCAGGUCGAAUUCACUGGCAAGAAUGCGCACGCUGGCGGUAAUCCGUGGGAGGGCAUCAAUGCCCUCGACGCACUGAUUGCAGCAUACAACAAUGUGGCCGUGCUACGACAACAGAUUCUACCCGAGGAACGUAUUCACUGCGCGUUCCUGGACACGCCCAAAGUUGCAAAUGUCAUCCCUUCGUUCACAAAGGCGUACUGGCAAGUGCGCAGUCCGACUUUGAAAGGUCUGACUAAGCUUACAGCUCGCGUGCGAAAUUGUAUUGAAGCUGCGGCAUUGGCGACGGGAUGUCAAGUUAAACUGAAUGAUUUAUAUACCGAUAUUAAAUUAAACGAUACCCUCUGUGAGCGAUACCAAAAAAGCAUGGGCCUAUAUGACCGCACCAUCAUGAAGAAACUAGACCAAGUGAUGACUGCUUCAUCAGAUAUUGGUAAUGUGAGCUACGUCGUGCCAACUAUGCACAGCAUGUUCUCCAUUCGCGCCGCAGAGGGCGUAUAUCCCCACCACCCAUCUUUCGCUGAGGCUGCAGGAACGGAUACUGCACACGAUGAGGCUCUAAUCGUUGGAAAAGGUUUGGCGUUGACUGGCUGGGAGAUGUUGGUUGAUGCAGGUCUUUUGCAGCAGGCGAGGGAGCAAUGGAAGCAUGAGAUUGAGAGCGAUAAAUAA